UCUUUUAAUUAAAUGUGGUAUAUAGAACACCUUGUUGAAUGCUGAUUUUGUUGACGUAAAAUUAUUAAUUUACUGUGGUAUUUACGUGUUAUUAAAAUUUAAGAGUGACGAAAAUGAGCCUCGAUGAAAGUAGUAAAGCACGCAUGAACCUAGCGGCUAUUAAGAAAGUGGAUCCGUACGCAAAAGACAUUGUUGAUACUUCUUCGCAUGUUGCCUUUUACACGUUUAAUGCGGACCAUAACGAGUGGGAGAAGACUGAUGUUGAGGGAGCUUUUUUUAUUUACAGUCGGAAUGCGCAACCGUUUCACAGUAUUUUUAUAAAUAACCGUAUUAAUACCACCUCCUUUGUGGAACCGAUCACAAGUCAGCUGGAACUUCAAUCUCAGCCGCCGUUUUUACUGUAUCGCAAUGAACGUUCACGAAUCAGAGGUUUUUGGUUUUAUAAUAGUGAAGAGUGUGAUCGUAUCGGCAAUAUAGUCGGUAAUCUGGUACAAAAAGUUGAUACAAGAGUUUUUUUAAACGAGAGUGAUGAAAAAAGUCCAAUAAAAGAUGAAAAUGUGAAUAUAUUCAAAAUGCUUUCCAAAGCUCAGCAAGAAUACAACACGCAACAAAAAAUUGCAUCUUGCAAUGUGCUACAAUUUUUUGCCGCUGCAAAGCCUCGGUCUACGGAAGUGCCUUUUAUACAACGCGCUAUACCAAAUUCUUUGUCAGUUGAGCAAUUGGAAAAACAACAACGUGCAAAAACGCCUAGGGGUGACACCCAAUCGUCUGAGGUUAACUGCAAAUAUGAAGUGACUACAGAAUCUAAAUCGAACAAUCAAGGCACACCAGCAGUGAACUUGGAUUUUCUUUCUGGGGUAGAAAGUACAUCUAAUACAUCCACGAAACUAUGUCAACCCACUGGAAGACUUCAAAGCUCUUGUACUCCCUUAUUAGUUACAGAAGAAGAACGUCUUCGCCAACUUCUUGUUAAAGAACAGCCAAAGACGACAAAACCAGCAUUGUUGCUACCCACAAUGUUUGAUAAACCAUCAGAUGUAGGCAAAAGCUCGCCGAUAAAGGAACCUCUUACACAGUCCCAGUUAAUACAAGCGUUUAAUUUUCUAAUUCAAAAUGACAAUGACUUCGUUCAAAAGUUACAUGAGGCUUAUAUUAAAGCUUACAAUAAGGAUAUGCCAGGGGCAUAUCAAUAAUUAAAUGUUAUAUUAUUCAAAAUAAAUAUUACAUUUAUGUAUAAUAUAGAA